AUGUCGGCGGAGAACUGUUUCGGCGGUGGUGAUCAAAGCAACACGAAAGGAUUGGCUACUCACGGAGGUAGCUACGUUCAGUACAAUGUCUAUGGAAACAUCUUCGAAGUUACUAGAAAGUACGUUCCUCCUCUUCGUCCCAUCGGUAGAGGCGCUUACGGCAUCGUCUGUGCUGCUACAAACUCAGAGACUGGAGAGGAAGUUGCUAUCAAGAAGAUCGGUAAUGCUUUUGACAACAUCAUCGACGCCAAAAGAACUUUGAGAGAGAUUAAGCUUCUCAAGCACAUGGAUCACGAGAAUGUUAUUGCUGUAAAGGAUAUAAUAAGACCACCGCUGAGAGAGAACUUCAACGAUGUUUACAUUGUCUAUGAGCUGAUGGACACUGAUCUUCACCAGAUUAUACGCUCAAACCAGCCCUUAACUGAUGAUCAUUGUCGGUUCUUCUUGUAUCAGUUGUUGCGUGGGCUCAAGUACGUUCAUUCAGCUAAUGUGCUACACCGAGAUUUAAAGCCCAGCAAUUUGCUCCUGAAUGCAAACUGUGAUUUAAAGCUUGGUGAUUUCGGACUUGCGAGGACCAAAUCCGAGACAGACUUCAUGACUGAGUAUGUUGUUACACGCUGGUACCGAGCUCCAGAGCUGCUCCUUAACUGCUCGGAGUACACCGCAGCAAUCGAUAUUUGGUCUGUCGGUUGUAUUCUCGGUGAAACAGUGACAAGAGAGCCCUUGUUUCCCGGUAAAGAUUAUGUUCAUCAGCUUAGGCUUAUCACUGAGCUUAUAGGAUCACCUGAUGAUACAAGCUUGGGGUUCUUAAGGAGCGACAACGCUAGGAGAUACGUUAGACAGCUUCCUCAGUACCCGAGACAGAACUUUGCUGCUAGGUUCCCAAACAUGUCUGCUGGCGCAGCUGAUCUACUGGAGAAAAUGCUCGUCUUUGAUCCAAGCAGACGCAUCACAGUUGAUGAGGCGUUGUGCCACCCAUAUUUGGCGCCGCUCCACGACAUAAAUGAAGAACCGGUGUGUGUGAGGCCGUUCAAUUUCGACUUCGAACAACCUUCUUUGACAGAAGAGAACAUCAAGGAGCUUAUAUACCGUGAAACAGUCAAGUUCAAUCCUCAGUAA